AUGGGGACUGUUUUUUCUUACAUUGUUACAGUUGCUUUAACCUUUAUCAUAUCUAAAUUCGGUCAACGAUUCAUUUGGGUCAACAAGAAACCUGAUGGUACACCUAAAGCACCAUGGCCACCCAGUCCUUCUGGCCUUCCUUAUUAUACAAAUGCCUACCAAGUCUUUCAAAAAGAAUCGUACCAUGCACUUACGCGAUGGUCUAAAGAACUUGGUGAUCUCUACUCGGUCUUGAUUGGUCAAAAACGUGUUAUAAUCCUGAACACACCUGAACUUGUCCAAAAGGCAUUAGUCGAAAAAGAGCAACUCAAUUCCUCUCGGUUAGCUUCAGAUACCAUGGAGAGAUUAUUAACAGAUCAAUGCAAGACGAUCUUUACGCUGGAAUUCUCGUUUGUAUGGUCUCGUCUUCGUCGUGCUGUAUUUGCAGCUAUUGCUAAACCUUCUGAGGUUAUUUCAAAGCAUAUGAAAGAAAGUGCCAAGUCGCUCUUGUUUGGUAUCAGCGAAAACGGGGAUUAUUUGACGGCUAAAAAUCUGAGACAGUUGGUAAAUAUGGUAGCUAUGGAUUCAGCAUUGACACUGGUGUAUGGAGAACAAAAGCAAAAGAACUUGACGAUGAUGGUCACUAUCAUUAAGGAACUCGAGGCUUUAGAAGAACGACAAACACGCAAGUAUAACCGUAUGGGUCAAUUCUUUUCUUUUGUGAAUUCAUGGUUAGAUGUGAUGAGUUUAUUUACACUCAAUUCUGAAAACUUGUCUCAUCGUAAUGCUAUUUUGGAAGCUGUGUUGCCUUUGUUUACAAAUGUGUAUCAAGUCCGAGGCGAUGUUCCUCUGAGUGAAGAAGAAAAGCGCAAGUUAUCCUUGGCAGGUCCUGAUCGCAAGAUAGAUUCCAUUGUCAAGAGUCUGCUCAACAUAGAAUCCUCCAAGAACGAUUCAGAAGUCGUACAGUUCACAAAAGAUGAAAUUCUUGUCAACUCAGUCCAUAUGGUCUUACAUGCUUAUACUUACUUGGCCUCCACCCUGUUCACUUUGAUCCAGCGAUUGGCUACUGAAACUGAAUUCCAAACAAGGUUGUCUGAAUCAGAAGAUAAGACAACACUGGCAUUAGCCUUCGUGCGAGAAAGUAUGCGCAUGGAUCCUCCUAACCCACUCUUGGGAUACGGUCCUCGUACAGACUAUGAAUUCGAGGUAGAAGGUAAAAAAUAUCGUGUGGAUACAGACAGUGAACUUGUGGUAAACGUGAAUGCCAUCCAUCAACAUAGCCGGUAUUUCCCUCAUCCUGAACAGUUUGAUCCUGAUCGUUUCUUGAAAUCUGAGAAAAAGACAAUUUCCUUGAUGGUGCCAGACAAUACAGUCAAAACGGCUAGGGAUCAUUUGGCUUUCGGUGCUGGUCGUCGAGUUUGUCUUGGUAGUCGAGUGAGUGAGGACUUGUUGGUGACUACGUUGAUUCAGUUAAACAAGGCAUUUAGAUUAGAAGGAGGUGAUGUGACUGAAAAGAUAGAACAUGCCACUAAUAUUUGGCACUGGACUGGAAGAACAGAAACAAAAGGCAGUACCAUUCAUUUUAUCAAACAGUAA